AUGGCAAAAGUUGAUGAGAAUUACGAUGAUCUGGACGAUGAGGAGUUAGAGUGUUUACACGCUGGAGGUGUUAAUAAAGUUGUGCGAAAAGCAGUAAUACGAAAACCGAAGGCUUUGCAAACCGACUUAAAUGGCAAAGUGAUAGAAGGACAGCAAGCAUUUUACGAAGAGAUCCGAAACGAUGUCACGUUUGGACCAACUCAUCACAAGUUAUGCCAUGAGAAUCUUCAGCAAUUCAUUUAUCCAACAAAUUUCGAGGUACGAGAAUAUCAGUUUGAUAUCGUCCGGAAGGCUCUAUUUCAAAAUGUCCUUUGUGCUAUUCCGACAGGUAUGGGGAAGACUUUCAUAGCUAGUACCGUGAUGUUGAAUUUUUUCAGGUGGACUCAAUCGGGCAAGAUCAUUUUCACGGCUCCUACGAGGCCAUUAGUUGCACAGCAAAUUAAAGCUUGCCUGGGCAUCACUGGCAUUCCUCAAGAUAAAACUGCGAUCUUGUUAGAUAAGUCAAGGAAGAACAGAGAGCAAAUCUGGAACGAAAAAAGAGUGUUUUUUACAACACCACAAGUGGUUGAGAAUGAUCUUAAGAGAGGCAUUUUGCAUCCCAAAGAAAUUAUAUGUAUUGUACUUGAUGAAGCACACCGGGCCACCGGUUCAUACGCAUACACCAACAUUAUAAAAUUCAUCAGCAGGUUUAACACUUCAUAUCGAGUGCUUGCAUUAACCGCAACUCCAGGUUCAGACCUGGAAGGUGUGCAGGAGGUUAUAAAGAAUCUAGAAAUAUCGAAGGUCGAGGCACGAACAGAAGAGAGCAUCGACAUCGUGCGGUACAUGAGAAAGAAGGAGAGGUUAAAGAUAGAGGUCGCUGUCAGCUCGGAAAUCGAAGACUUAAUAGAGCAAGUUGGCGCAGCAGUUCUCCCUGUUCUCAGGCAAGCCGUCGAAUUGGAUAUUUACGAAGAUUGCGACCCAUCCCAGAUCAAUGCUUUCAAAGCAAUGCAGCAAAGUCAAAAGAUCAUUGCUAAUCCCAGCAUACCGGAGGGCGUUAAGUGGAGGAAUUUCUUCAUUUUGCAGCUAUUGAAUCAUGUGGGGCAAAUGUUGAAACGAAUCAAGAUUUACGGAGUAAGCACCUUCUACAACUACUUCAUGGAUAAGUAUAGAGAGUUUACCACAAAGUAUAGCCUGGGUAAAUCGACGAACAAGAUCGCAGCAGAGUUUUACUUCAAUCCUAUCUUGAUAACAAUGAUGAAAAGAUGUGAAGCUCUUCUGGCAAACCCCCAAUUUUUGAGUCAUCCCAAGCUGCGUCAUGUCAGAGAAGAGCUCACAGACUUUUUUUCGGAGGACAGUUUAGAUUCAAGAGUGAUUAUCUUUACGGAGCUGAGAGAGAGUGCCUUAGAAAUUGUCAAAUGCGUCGAUCUAAUGAAUGGACCUGGGUCCAAUUACAGAAUAAGACCUCAUAUAUUUAUUGGACAAGCGAAAGGGAAAGAAGGUUUCGACGAGGUGACAUUUACAAGAAAAAAUCAACCCAAGGGAAGGAAAAAGGCAGAUAGGAUGAAGCGACAAGAGGAAGAUAAACAACUUGAAGAACAAAAGAAGCAGAAAAAGAAGGAGGAGCAGUUAGAAAGAGAUGCUAGGCGGACGGGCAGCUCUGAAGAUGCUCAGAUAAAAGGCAUGACUCAAAAACAACAGAAAGAGGUCAUCCAAAAGUUCAAAACUGGUGAAUACAAUGUUCUGGUGUGCACUUCGAUUGGUGAGGAGGGGUUGGAUAUAGGUGAGGUUGAUCUCAUUAUUUGCUACGACACAACCAGUAGUCCGAUAAAGAAUAUACAGCGGAUGGGGAGAACUGGUAGAAAGAGAGACGGGAAAAUAGUUCUGCUUUUCAGCAGUAAUGAAUCCCUUAAGUUUGAGCAAGCUUUGAAAGACUACUAUGGUCUACAAAGACUUCUUUGUCAAAAUCACUUAACUUAUACGAAGUCAGAUAGAAUUAUACCGCCCAAUAUUAAGCCAGUGUGUCGCAAAGAGCAUAUUAACCUUGAUGAGGAAGCUCUGGAGGUUAAUAAAAUGGAGGACACUGAAGAGGUGAUUCGUUACGCCACACAGUGCAUGUUGGGUAAGAAACCGAAAGCAAAGAAAAGGGCUAAGGGGAAGGAACCUAAAAGAGAAAAGCGGUUUUUUAUGCCGGAUAACGUCGAUGGUGGUAUUGUCACAGCCAUGGAUUUAGUGACGAAGACCAAAUUACCUGAAAAUCGCUUAGAUGAUGAUAUCAGAUGCAAAGAGAGUAUCGACCGUAAUGAGAGCACCUCUGUCGAAACACCAUCCAGCGCAAAGGAUAAACCCAAGGAUUUUAGCUUUACCGAGCUCGCCCGUCCCGCUACAAGGAUGAAGCUGCCGUCACUCAUCGGAAGAACAAGCGACAAGAUUAAAGAUGAACAGGAUGACGAAAUCCCUACUGGAAAGGUAACUAGUGAUGCAUCGGAUGGCAUAAAUCUGAGUCGCAAAAUAGAUGACGAUGGGCUCAGUACGCCGGCAUCGAAGAGGCAGAAAUCUAUCUCUAUUGAAACAAAAUCCGCUUUUUCAAAUCGCAAGCUACCUGAAAGAAACACCUUAGAAGACGCCGAUGAACGCAAUCAUGGAGGUUUGUUGACCAGUUCCGAGCGCGAAUACUUUUUGCAACAUUAUUCACCUGAUGACGCUGUGUCUAUAGCGACCAUACCUAAUUUCGUGCGAAGUACGAAGUGCGCAGAAGUUGAUCACAGUAUCCUCAACCAGAAAAUUCUGCAGCUAUUUGAAGAACUGCGGCAAAAUAGAACACAUAGGACCAUUGAGAUGAAUCGCACCAAAUGCAUUGCAAGAGGCAUUCAAAGUGGCAUUGUCAACCAAAGUCACGUACAACCUUCCGUAAUGGUAAAAUGUGACUGCUAUCAAACGACAGAACCGCGGCAUAGUACGAUGACUGAUGUCCCAGCGAAGGGAGCAGAUGAUUUGGAUUCUUUAUUGAGUUCAGACUCGGACUUUUGA